AUGCCUGCGCCCCAGAACCCAGUGUUGGGUUCUUCCAGCAACGGCCCCCUCAAGGCGUUAACCCAAAAGCAGAAGCGCAGACAGAAAAAUGCCGCCAAGGCAGCGGCAGCGGCAGCGGCGGUAGCUCCGACCUUGGUGGCUAACGGCCACAGCCCACCUCCCACUCCCUCGGACCCUCGGGAACCUCUGGCCGCAGCUGCCUCAACACCCUCUGCCUUGGACACGGAUGAGGUGCCGACCUCCUGUCCCGCGCAGUCUCUCCCUUCUGGCUCGCAAACCCGUAUCCCCCUUCAAAAUGGCGUACAUGAACCGUUCGAUAUCUCAGCGGCGCAAUCUCAAGCCAAGGGAAAGAAGACUAAGCGAAGCAAGCGAAAGAAGAAAGCCAUGACCGAUGGGGAGAUCUCGCCCACGAGGUCUCGCCCCGUUACAAGACUUCCCGAUCUCGAGACGACGAGCGGUUUUGGAACACCAAUACGAAUGAAGAACGCGAGCGUAUCAAGAACUUCUGGAUUAAUCUGA